UAAGAUGCAGAAGCUUCAUCUUUAGAUAUGAGACGCUGCAGAAAGAGUCACUUGGGCCAACAAUGCAGCAUGAGGUGAACCAGAAGUCAAGGAGCAGCAGCAGCUCUGAGGAAAAGGUGCAGGUAGGCGAAGAGGAGGAAGAGGAAAAGGAAAAUGAGGAGCCCGAGGAAGCAGCCCCCGAGAUUGGCCAGGCCGAAGACGAAAGAGAGCAAGACCGGCCACAGCAGCAGCCAGCCCCUAUGCUCCCUCGGAGAUCACCACCCGCUGGCAUAAAGCUCGAAGAAGAGCUACACGCACUUUCCAUUGAGCCGAGGCCCAAGCAGGCACCCUCAGUUGACCACGAGGUCAAGAGGCCAGAGCGGCCUCGGGUGCCGGAGUUCUACGACCUCUACUGGCGCAUGGAGCAGGCUGCCGCUUCCUCGGAUGUCGAGUCCAUGUGGUCCAGCCGUGGAGGAUCCCCGACCAAGAGCAAGACGGAACUGCAGAUUGCAAAAAUAGUAAUGAUGUUAAAGAAGAAGAAGCCGGACUAUUCAGAGCAAGAGCUACGCAGGCACGUGGACUGCGUGCGCCAGUCCCAGGGCGGAUUCUCGCGAAUGACCUUCAACCACAUCGUGGCACUUGUGCUCGGCCACAUGCAAAACAACGUGCAAUGAGCACAGAAGAUUCUGCCCGUGGAGACAGCAUCUCCUUGAAAGUACUGCAGCUCCAGCAAGAACACUGCACGUGGUCAUGCCUUCUUUUUCUUUUUCUUUUCAACAUUGUUUUCAGUCUACUUUCAAUUGUUUUUAUGCUUGCUUUAGUUUGUUCGUCGUGAUUUACAGAAGACUGUAUAUGAGGGCAUGCAUGCUUUCUGUACAAAGUUUUUAGAUUUUUUUUUCCAAGAGAGCGAGCACUAGUCCAUUGUGUUGGGCUCCACCAGGCUCGAAAAUGUGCCGUAUGUGAGGUCGGUUGGGGCUGUCUGAUCUCUGGGCACAUCUAAGAAGUGGUGUCCCAAGUUUGUGCUUUCCUGUGCCAAAUGCCAUCUUGGCUUCUUGGUUUCUCUACGGUGUCACUUACGAAGCUGUCUUGCCGGUGACUGUGAUAUAAACUGGUCUCUCAACUAUUUUUUUUUUGCACCAUGCGAUCCUUUGCCAUGUGCUGUGCACGUGGCAAAGUAGUAAUACGUUCAAAAUGGUUGCGCUUCACCCGGACCUGGCCUUGCCGCAGACGUGCGUGCAGGUUUCGGUCAUUAUUGCUCAAGAACAAAAUAAAAGAUUUUUGUAAGAUUUUCUUCUGCUCGACAUUUCUUGAGCACUUUUUUGUAUGUUUAUGUCUCAAAAAUAAGGCAAGAAUAAAGCUCAGUUUAUGAAGGCUUAUGGAAGGUAAACAAUGCUUUCGGUCUUCGUGAAGAAUAAUAGAAUGCUUUGUUGGGCGUGCUGGUUCGUUGCGGAAAAGAUUGGAGCACAAGAACCGAUGAGACGGAAGAGAGAAAACUGCUGCGCUCGUGUAGUCUCAUCUCAUCUUGUGUCUCGUCCAUUUCUGCGCUUCUCGUAAAGCAUGUGCCUUUUUUGCCUUACAGAUAACUAGCUCGAGGUGUGCGAAAUGCAACUGUGCUGCGAGUAACGUAAUUUCUACAUUGGCGUUAGGGGCUCCCCGCAAUGCCAUGGAUGUUAUAGAUGAACGUUGACUUGCUUUGAAAUAGUGCCUGGUGGACUUUCUCCUCUACAUUUGUUGCUAGUUUUCAGUGUUCAUAAUAAAGAUGGCGAUAUGUUGCCUUUACAUGGCUGCUCCCAA